CAUGCAGGACCUCUGUCCUCAAAGAGUUGUAUUAGAGUUAAUGGUAAAAUUUGUUCUCAAAGAUUCUUUGUUUUAGUGUAUUAAGUAGAGGAUAUUGUUAUGUCUCAUAGAUUUUAGUUAUGUCUAAGUAUCCAACUCCAUUGCUUGUAAGAUUUGUUAUUCUUAAGUGCUUCUUUCUCAAACAUGGACUCUUGGUUCUGUGUCAUUCUCACUAUAAUACUCUUUAAAAUCAAAUGGAGAGUACAGAAUGGUGAAAGGCCUCAGGGCUAUUAAUAAGGCAGUUGUUCGAAUGCAUCCUAUUGUGUGCUAAACCCUUUCCUAAGGGAUACUUCCUUCUGCAUCCCAUUAAACCCAGAAUCUGGGAAAGUGAGGGUACAGAGUUUUCCCAGCAAAGGUUUCUAAACAAGAGGUAGAUUACCUGGGAUGUGUUCUAACCCCAGGAAAGCCUGCUCUUUCAGUCAUGAGAAAGGAAGAUAUUCUGUGUGUAGGGCCACCACAGACAGAAAGCAGCUAAGGACAUUUCUACGAAUGGCAGGAUUCUGUAGAAUACAAAUUCCAGGAUUUGUGUUAAUAGCCAAGCCUUUACAUGAAGAUUUAAAAAGCCUUGACACUAACCCACCUUUGUUGAAGAGGGGAACCACAAAAGGCGUUCCAAAGAAUUAAAGACCUUUUAACCGAAGCUCCAGCAUUAGGAAUCCCUAACCUGAGUAAGCCAUUCACCUUGUUUAUAGCAGAAAAGCAGGGGCUUGCUCUAGGAGUACUGACUCAGAAAUUGGGUCCACUUCCAUGGCCAAUAGCCUAUUUUUCUGAACAGUUAGAUUCAGAGGCUACAGGGUGUCCUGCAUGCCUAGGGCUGCUAUGAAGCCACCAAGAUGACUUUAGGCCAGCUACUUGAAGUUCAAACUCCACACUAGGUACAAGGGGCCGUAGAAAUUAAAGACGUCAAUGGCUAACAGGGGGGCAUCUCACAAAAUAUCAGGCUCUAUUGUUGGAUUCCCCUGAGAUAACUCUUAAAGCAUGCUGAGUCCUCAACCCAGCAGCUGUUGCCACCUGGGGGUAUUGGAGAGUUAACUCAUUCUUGAGUAGAAACUAUAAAACAGGUGUAUUCUAGUAGACCUGAACUACAACAUGAGCUUUCUGGGGAAUCUGGAUGUUGACUGGUUUGCUGAUGGCAAUAGAGACGAAGGAAGGAGUUAGAAAGGCAGGUUAUGCCACAGUGGAUCUUACCUGGAUAAUAGAAGCUCCAGCUUUUCCAGGAGACCUCAGAAACGUGGCAUCAACUACUGCCUAGUGCCCUCCUCGGGAUGAGAAUAGCACCCAAGACUGCCUUCAAGCUCAGUCCAUAUGAGAUGCUGUAUGCAAGGCCUUUCUCACCUCUGACAGCCCCUUUGAUUCAGAGAUUCAAGAUCAGAUAAAGUAUAUUAUCAAUUUAGGCCAGGGACAGAAGGCUUUGAUGGAGUAUGGUAAUAAGGUUCUCCCAGUGCCAGAUCCUAAGAUUCAUAAAUUCCUAUUUCCUCAGGAGACUGAGUCUUACUAAAAACUGGAAGGAAGGAUCCCCUUCAGACCAGUUGCAGCCUAAAUGGAAGGGACCUUACCAGGUGCUACUGAGCACACCUACCUCAGUGACUACGAUGUAGGCAGGCAUAUAGGAUAAAAUUGGUUAGAUUUGUGAGCUGGAAGACCACCCCUUCACCACGUCCCCUGUGUGAUCUCAUGCCCCUACCUGACUACACCUCUGUGCCCAUGUGCAAAUCAGAUUAAUUAACCACUCCCCUUUGGAAGUGGAUUAAAAGCCUGCAGUAUGGUGGGCCCAGCCUGUUUUUUCCUCCCUGUACUUGAUCCCUUUGCUGCCCCUGGCCUUCGGGGCACAUGGCCUUCAGGCCACCUGCUCCAUGCUUUCUGGCCUGCAUGUUCCUCCACGUGGUUGGUUUUGGCCUACUCUCUGCUCGCCAUGAGUUCAGAUUUCCCUUUCUCUUUUAGAUAGAGCCCUCAAUCUCCUAUGCAUUUUCUCACUGAAUAAAAAGCUUAAAACUUAACCAUGCUGCUUGGUUUAUUUGUGCCAGUAUUCAGAAUUCUUCUCUGAAUUCAUAGCAAGAGCCCGCAUGGCUUAUUAAUAUGGAAAUAUUAAUAGGCAAAUCGUAUCAAAUCUACAGAGCAUCCCAAGCUGGGUACAUUUGUCAAGGAUUAAACUUCUACCUCUUAAGUCUUUGCAGGUGAACUCAAAAGACACAUCUGUUUAUUCCUGUGAGCCAAUCGAAGAUCUUAAAUACCUCUUCAAAAAAACAAAAAGAUAAGUAUUUUGCUUUUGUCACAUCAAGACUGUACACUUUAAGGCAGACAUUUUUAUUGUCUCUGAGAACUGUUAUUGGCAGGAAAACUCCUUAGUGGGUUCUUCAAUUAUAAUAUCAGAAGAUCCCAUUGUGCCACAUGAAGCUGACUUUAACAGUCUGACCAUUGCUUUUGGCAAGCUGGCUCACAUGUCAGGCCAGCUUGUAUAGCAAGUACUCAUGUCUGGGGACACUCUAAGGUAGUUAUGGACAAUAGACAGUCCUUGAAAUAUGUAUUAAUAGAACAAGGAGGAACAUGUGCAGUGAUUGACAGAAUUGCCCCCUUUACUCAAACAGUAAUGUGUUUACUAAAAACAUUAAAAAUCUCUGUGCUUAAGCUAAAUGGUUUUAUAGUCUACACAAAGACAGCUUAUCACCACCCAAUAUCUGGGAAACAAUAGAAUACAUCCUUUCCAUCCUACAGGGCACGCCACUUGCAACUUGUUUUCUUCCAGUUUUGCUCAUGCUGAUUGACAAACUUGUGUUUCAGAAUCCAGCAACAUCUAAAAAUGAUGAUGCAGGGCACGCAGCCAUUGGCAGUGACCAAAAAUUCCCCAGUUCAUGAAAUGGAGUCAUUAGGUGAGAUAGGAAGGGAUUUUCAGACCCGAGACAGGCAAGCCUGCGUCCCUGAUUAGCAAGAAGUAGCUACAGAAGAUACGAUGAGACUACGUUCUUCAGCACCCCCUUAAGGAUAGGGGUCAGAAAUCUCUGAGAGGGGAUGACGUGGGAAGGCUUAGAUAAUUUUAAGUUCAUGAGCUGGAAGCCACACCUCCUUUGCUCUGUGUUGCCAUGUUCAUCUACCUGUCAAUCAGAGGGUCCCUCCCCCAGGAAGCACCUCCUCUUACCUGGGAUGUAGGAGUGGUACCAUGUAAAUACUUCUGUUUUUCCAAGUGUAUAAAAAGCUAGGAAGACCGGAAGCUCUCUCCUUCUCAUGGACUCUAGACAAGCAGACAGUGUAUGGUAAUUCUUUCUUUGGCCCCAUUCUCCCUUAAUAAAGUGCUAAUGGGCCUGUGUAUAUUCCUCACUUUGUAGAAAAGUUUAUCAUACUGCAUACCAUGUUUGGGCCUAUAUUUAGAAUUCUCUAAAGGCAAGAACCUGGAAAAAUAAUUGAGGUCCGUACCAGCCCAUAACAACCCCAGCCCCAUCCUCGAUACAGACAUGUGACUCUGAGCCCAGACACCCUUUUCAAGUCUCCCAUCCUCAAAUGCAUUCACCAGGACUAACAGUGCUUAUUAUGUGCUGUGGGUUUGGCUGGAUUUUUUAUUUUUUUCUUGUUUGCUUGGAGUAAGUCAAAGAAAAAAAGUUGAAUCCUUGAAUUCUCACAGAAACAUUUUGACAUGGUUCAAAGCCCGAUAAGUCCCUUUCUCCAGAAGCAACUGAGGUUAGCAGUUUCUGGCACACCAUACUAGAACUCUCCUAACCGUCUCAGUGUUCUGCGUGUUUCAUGUGAUCAUCAAGCUCAGUACUCACACGGUGGCCACCACUCGACAGAUGAGACCACUGAAGAGUCCCCAGCUUGGUGGAACCCAAACUCACACCUAGAUGGUCCAACUGCAGGCCCUCACGCUUAAUCACAAGGCUCUACUGUGUAGCCAUGGGUGGAGAAGCCGCUUACCACUGGAGCUGGAGAUGCAGGUGUAUUUACACAGCGAGAGGAGGCACCUGGCACCGAGAAGACAGGAUUGCAGACUUCAGUGAGGGCAGGAUGAGAGAGUGACGUUGACACCUCCCAGCCCAGGAUGGAGCUAUAAAUGCAGUACAGGCUGCAAGGAUUGUGGAGACAUCUGUGUGGCUAGCUGUGCUCUACUCCAAAGCUUCAGGGAUUCUGGAACUGUGAGUUCGAGAGGAGAGUGAGCCACGCUAUCCCCAGAGAUCCUUCCAGAAAGGACUUGGCAGGCCUCAUCAUGCAUUGGUUGACAAAGCUUCGGGGACUUUGCACCCUCUGGGGCACCCAGAGGUCCAGCCGCACACUCUACCUUAAUACCAGGCAACUGAUAUCCAUUCAGUGGGGCCGCCAGGAAGUGCCUGCCACCUUUAACUUUGCUACUGAUGUGGUGGAUCGCUGGGCUGGCAUGGAGAAGGCUGGCAAGCGGCCCCUCCACCCGGCCCUGUGGUGGGUGGAUGGCAGCGGUGCUGAGGUGACGUGGAACUUCCAAGACCUGAGCAAGAUCAGCCAGCAGGCAGCCAACGUGCUGUCAGGGACCUGCGGCCUGCAGCGUGGGGACCGUGUGGUGGUGGUGCUGCCCCGCGUCCCCGAGUGGUGGCUGGUGACCCUAGGCUGCAUGCGAGCAGGCCUUGUCUUCAUGCCUGGGACUAUCCAGAUGAAAUCUGCAGACAUACUCCACAGACUGCAGGCGUCUGAAGCCAGGGCCAUCGUGGCUGGGGAGGAAGUGGCCCAUGAAGUGGAUACCGUGGCACCUAACUGCCCUUCUCUGAGAAUUAAGCUACUGGUGUCUGAGAAAAGCCGGAGUGGAUGGCUUAACUUCAAGUCAUUGCUACAAGAGGCGCCCACCACUCAUCACUGUGUGGAAACUGGAAGCCAAGAGGCAGCUGCCAUCUACUUCACCAGUGGAACCAGUGGCCUUCCCAAGAUGGUGGAACAUUCCCAUGCGAGCCUGGGCAUCAAGGCCAAGAUGGAUGCUGAAAAUUGGACAGGCCUGCGAGCCUCUGACACAAUAUGGACCAUAUCAGACACAGGAUGGAUAGUGAACAUCCUGGCCUCACUUCUGGAACCCUGGGCUCUAGGAGCAUGUGUGUUUAUCCAUCUCCUGCCAAAGUUUGACCCUGUUGUCGUUCUAAAGGUGCUGUCCAGCUACCCGAUCAACAGCCUGGUGGGUGCCCCACUCAUUUACCGGAUGUUGCUACAACAGGACCUCGCGAGUUACAAGUUCCCACACCUAAAGAACUGCUUCACCGGCGGAGAGAGCCUUCUGCCAGACACCCUGGGGAGCUGGAGGGCCCAGACAGGAUUGGACAUCCGAGAAUUCUAUGGCCAGACAGAAACGGGCCUCACGUGCAGAGUUUCCAGCACAAUGAAAAUCAAACCUGGCUACUUGGGAACAGCCAGUCCUCCUUAUGAUGUGCAGGUUGUAGAUGAUGAAGGCAACGUUCUGCCCCCUGGCCAAGAAGGAGACAUAGGCAUCAGAGUCAACCCCAUCAAGCCCAUAGGCAUCUUCUCUGGCUAUGUGGGCAGUCCCAAGAAGACAGCAGCCAACAUUCGAGGUGAUUUCUGGAUCCUGGGAGACCGGGGAAUCAUGGAUCCAGAUGGGUAUUUCCACUUCAUGGGGCGAACAGAUGAUAUCAUUAACUCCAGUGGGUACCGGAUUGGACCCUCGGAGGUGGAGAACGCACUGAUGGAGCACCCCGCUGUGGUGGAGACAGCUGUGGUCAGCAGCCCAGACCCCGUCCGAGGAGAGGUGGUGAAGGCAUUUGUGGUCUUGGCCCCACAGUUCCGGUCGCAUGACCACAACCAGCUCACCAAGGAGCUGCAGGAGCAUGUGAAGUCAGUGACAGCCCCAUACAAGUACCCCCGGAAGGGGAAGGCACCAGCCGAAAUCUGAACUUGGGUAGAGCCAAACCUCAGCAGGUGUCCAGGCUGAAGAUGUGUCCAGGUUGCUGUCCCCAGUGCUCUUCCAAGAGUCCCAGGCACACCGGACUAGGACAGACAAAAAGGAAACAGCCAAG